AUGGAUCGCAAUCGUGUUCCAAUAAAGGCGGAUUCCUUACUCUCUUCAAUCGCCACCUUUCAUACGACGAAGAUCGGCUCCAUUCCUGAAACAAUGCUUGCUUCUAUCUCAGCAUCAAGCAAUCUUCUUCAGCAGUACAGAAAACGUAAGUCCGUUGGUCCGCGUGAGCUUACUCCUACAAUGCUUCGUUCCAUUGAAGAAGCUGAUAAACCAGCUAAAAGGGGCAAGAAACCUGAAUCGCAAAAGGAGGGACAGGUAGCGAAACCAUCCAAGGGGCAGACCCCCAAGAAGAGGAAAACUGACAAAGCAGCCCCUUCUCAACCACAACCCAAAAAGCAGAAGAAGCCUGCUAGGAGACUUAUUCUUCAAUCCUCCAGUGAGUCGGAUUCAGAUUACGUUCCUCCUAACCAGAAGAAAGCUCAAUCAUCAGACUCUGAGAACGAAAGUUCAGAUGAAGAGGCUUCGGGCCGAGGGGAUACUCCACCUCGCUCCCCAACUCCAGAAAUUCCGGUUCGUACACUGCCUCCUUCACCUCCACCUGUUACCAUUCCUGCUUUUAUCCCUCCUAUCUCUCAAACAACUACCUCUCAACCUUUCACCUCUAUACCUAUCCCCAUUCCCAUCUUCGCAGACACAACCUCUACCACCACUACAAAACCUACCUUCAAUAUUCCCAAACCACCUGUAAACGAACCUACCUUUACAAUCGAAAAUCCAAUAACAACCGAAGCUCCCGCUACUUCAAAACCCUUAUCACCAACACCUUCUACAGAAACAACCCCAAUCUUGGGCGGUGAGGACUUGGAGUUUGACUCCACAUACUUCAGUCCUUAUCGAGUACAGAAUGAGGAUGAUGAGGACGAGCCCAUUACCAAACAUCAUCUUAAAGCGGUCAAUGAAAAGCUGGAUCAACUGCUUUCCUUCUCUUCCUCAAGCACUUAUUCAGAUGCGACAUUGAAGGCUCUAUUCUCUUCAGUGGUUGCUGAACAUUCAGCCUCCUUAACUGUUGCCGCCAAGGCUAUUGAAGCCUCCACUUCUCAGUUUCAACAGGCCGCUCAAGUUGUUGAUGCAUCUAUAAAAGAGUGCAAGGAGGCGACCGCAAAAGUCGAUAAACUAGUUUCGCAGGUUCACAUCUUUUUAGAUUCUUUGCAGGAUGCUGCUACCAAGAAUGCUGCUAUAGUUAAUUCUUCUGUAGAAAUUCUUCAACAGACUCUUCAGUCUGAGUGCUCGAAGGUUGAAGCAGCACGCCUCGCUAUUGAACAGGCGAAUGAAGCGUUUCAUGCUAAUGUUAAUGAACGCUUGACUCAACUACAAGUGGACUAA